GCCUUUUGCCAUCUCAAUGGUCAACAGCUGAGAAACGCAGGGGAACUGGACAACACCGAAAGAUCGUAAGAGAGAAGGGAAAUAUCAGUCAGACAUACACGUAUAUCAGCAUAAUCAACUACCAAUACAGCUUAGGCGGUCAUGGGUAAAUCAAAGGAGAAUCAAAGGAGAACGGACAUGUGUACGAUAAGCACUGCUAUGGGGGUUAUGGUGGCGAUAAUACUUUACAUGUUCUAUGAUGACCUAUGGCUGAUAUCUCGAUACGUUUAUGUACCAUUUGUUCCUGGUACGUCGAGGGCACCGCCCAGGGCUGAGGAUUCAGGAGGCAAGUUUAGACUCCAGCACAUAUAUCACCAUAAUACUGGGGAAGACUACACGAGUCAUUUAAGGCUAGAUAUUACGCCAAAAUUUCUCGAGGAGAAUUCUCUUCACUCGUUCAGUGGGGAGGAGGAGGACCAAUGGACGUCGUUAUACGAGUCAGAAUCACCUUGGACAGUAGAACUCCCAUAUAAGUCCAACGCUAUUGAGCUAAAGAGAUUAGCAGAGAGAGAUCCAGAUUUUGUCGAGUCAUAUCUUGAGUACGCGAGGGUCUCUGGGUCAGAAGCGGUGAAAAAGAUCGAAUUGGAAUGGUCAGAUGAUAUAGUCGAGGCUCCCAAUGUUACAGAUAAGGACACUGUCAUAACGUUGGCCCUAAUGUCCUCAAAUGCAUAUGUUGACAUACCAGAGACCGGGGAUUGGAGAGACGUUGGCUGGAAUCAGAGCAUUGGGUAUGGAUGGAACGAUACAGGGAUUCGUGGCCACAUCUUUGUAUCUGACGAUGAAUCUACCGUUGUGAUUGCUUACAAAGGCACGAGUGCCGCAUUUCUAUCUGGAUCAGGCUCUGACGAUACCGUUGAUAACGACCGUAUAAAUGACAACUUGCUCUUCUCUUGUUGCUGUGCUAGAGUGAGUUACAUGUGGACUACAGUGUGUGAUUGCUAUCAAAGCUCUUACACGUGUGACCAACGUUGUUUGGAGAAGGAACUCUACCGCAAGGAUCGUUACUACCAAGCAGCAUUGGACAUCUACAGAAACGUGACACACAUGUACCCAAGAGCGAACAUCUGGACCACGGGACACUCACUCGGUGGUGCAUUGUCAACUCUAGUUGGUCGCACGUUUGGAGCUCCAGCAGUGGCUUUUGAAGCACCCGGUGAAUUGUUGGCGACGAGAAGGCUCCACCUUCCAAUGCCACCGGGUUUACCUGGCUAUAUGGAGGGAAUUUGGCAUUUUGGACACACUGCGGAUCCUAUUUUCAUGGGAGUGUGCAACGGUGCGAGCUCCACUUGCUCCAUGGGUGGAUACGCCAUGGAAACCCAAUGUCACAGUGGAAAACAGUGCGUAUACGACGUUGUUACGGAUAAGGGAUGGCACGUUAACAUGCUGAACCAUCGUAUCCACACCGUUAUUGACGACGUUAUCAUGGCGUAUAAUGAGACCGCUCCAUGUCAACCUGUUCCACCGUGCCGUGAUUGCUUCAACUGGAACUUCGUUGAUGGUAGACACGAAAAGAAGAAACCUGACGACGGUGAUCUAAAGAAACCGGUGAAGAAGCCUGUUGAGGAUCCUCCUUCAAGCACGGUACCCUCGCCAACACCUUCCCCGACAAAGGAGCCGGUUUGUAAGAAGUGGACGUGGUACGGACGUUGUUACGAAUGGGGAGAUGACGAUGACGAUGGUGACGAUAACACUGCAAGCAUGAUCAAUUAACUAUUACGGAAGGGGUACAUAUACAAACACACAAUUCAAUUCAAUGGAUAAGAGGCUUAACGAUGCCUGGUCCAUCUGUAUUUGCUUGCCA